GUAAAUUUGCGAAAUAUCUUGUUUUAUUAAUGUCCCUCUUCAGGUACUGUGCAAAUAGGAUUGGAGUGUGUAGAAAUAACAUAAGAACCUUUGUUAAUCUUUUAAAUUCAGUGCUCGUAAAACGUGCUAGUUCAAGUUUACCAUUUUAUCCGGCACCGAGUUAUUUUUUAUUUAAAAUGAGUAACGUUCAAUCUAAUGUGAGAACUGUAUUUACGCAAUGUGGACAUUAUACUACAGUUGAUGAUGAAAAUAUAGUGAUAAUAAAACAGUGCCCAUCACCGCAGAGAAGUGAAAAUUAUGUGCCCAUUACUGAGGAUGGUGUUUGGGUUGACGAUGCUCCGAAUGAACAGAUAGAAGAUCCAUGGCAAAGUCUAAGGGGUCCACGACACGAACAAGUUUGGGAACCAAUGGCCUAA